CGCCCACUCAAAAAAAAACCCUAAAAAUAUAAUAAAAACAAAAAGAGAUUUGGGAGAAGAAUGAGAGCCUAAAAUAACAGUAAUAAUAAUAAAAGCACAAAACAAGCCCUCUCCUCCCAUCUUUCCUUCAUCUUCUCUCUCUCUCUCUCUCUCUCUCUCUCUCUCUCUCUCUCUUGUUUCUCUGGUAUUCAGUAUUCACCUCUCAGUAGUGUGUUUGUGAUUCUCCGCCAUAUAUUUCCAAAAAAACCCACCACCCUUUUUAAAAGAAAUAAAGAUCAAUCUUAAAAACAUGGUUUUCUCAUCUGUUCCAGUCUACUUGGAUCAUCCCAAUUGGCACCACCAGUUACAGCAACAAAAUUACCAUCAUCAACAAGGAGGUGUCACUGAAAAUUCUCAACUUCAGCCCCCACCCCCAUCCCCACCACCUCAACUGAGUGGUGGUAUUGGCGGCAGCGAUGGUGGCUCAGUCAGACCAGGUUCCAUGGUCGAUCGAGCUCGGAUAGCAAAGAUACCGCUUCCAGAGGCAGGUCUAAACUGCCCGCGAUGCGAUUCCACUAAUACUAAAUUUUGCUACUUUAACAAUUACAGCCUCUCUCAGCCGCGACACUUCUGCAAGACGUGUCGCCGGUACUGGACAAGAGGCGGUGCCCUAAGGAGUGUUCCGGUGGGUGGUGGCUGCCGGAGAAGCAAGAAAAUCAAGAACAACAGUAGCUCAAAAUCUCAGGUCACAUCUGAGAACCGAACAAGGCCUAAUUCUAAGUCAACAAGUGCCAGUCCCUCUAGCUGCAGCACAGAUAAUAAUAUAUCUGGUGGUUCUGGUCAUUUUCCUCCACCACCACAAUUUCCAUUCAUGGCAGCUCUACAAAACCUAGCUCAGUACGGUGGUGGUGGUGGAGGGAACAAUAUUGGGUCAAAUAUCGCUGAAUUUCAGGCGCAGAUGGCGGCAGCAGGUGGUGGUGGAGGGGUGGAGCAGUGGAGGUUGCCUUUCUUGGGUGGUCUUGAGACACCCACAAAUUUGUUGUACCCGUCCUACCAAAGUCAAGGAUUUGAAGCACAAUCUUCUGGUAUUAGUACUCAGAUUGGUUCAGUGAAAAUGGAAGAGAAUAUGAACAACCAAGGGCUUAAUUUUCCAAGGCAGUUUAUGGGUAUGACAGAAAAUUACCAGUACUGUGGUGGGAUUGGGAAUACAUGGAAUGAGUUUGCUGGUGUAAACUCAUCUUCCACCAGUCAUCUCUUAUAAGUAUAAGAUUGUCCUUCAUGAUUCAAUAUUGUUGAAAGAUGGCUCUGAUUUUGAAGCUUCCUUUUUUGUGCCUAGCUAGAAAGCUUCAAUCAACAACUACUCACUGACACAAGUUUUGCAAGGGCUGAAGCAACUUGACCCUCAAGCAUCAAUCAACACUGGAAAAAAGACGCGAUGAAAUUGUGGCCGGGGCUUAAUUGAGGAACUGGUAGUGUUUGUGUUUUACUUACCUAUAUGUGGUUUUGUUUAUGUUGUUUAUGUUUUUAGAAGGGCUUGUGUUUUGUGGGUUUGUUUAGGUAAGUGUGUGUGAAGAAGAAGUGUGAUUUUGUUGUAUUUUCAUGGAAAACAUUUUCUUGCAAACUUCUUUCCUUGCUUACCUCUUUAGGCAUUGUCAUUAUAGUUUAAUUGUUUUCAUUCAGAGACAGAUCACUCCAAAGAGUCCAUUUUUUCAACUGAGAAAGGAAAGUGAUGUGAAUUGUUAUGUAUUGUGCUAUGCAAACACAAAUUUCAUUCAAAA